AUGUCGGAAUAUCCUAAUUUAUCAUCAUAUCAAUUUCAGACAGCCAUAAAAGAUAUAUCAGAACAAGAAUUAAUACAGAAAAAGGAACAACAAAUCAAAUUUAUACUAAAGUUAAUUGAAACGAAUAAUGAACUAAAAAAAGAAUUGACAAACAAAAAUAUAAGUAACGAAGAUUCAGAAUUAUACAACGGCAUAAUAGAUGAAAAUAAAUUAAGUCUAAUAGAGCAAGUUGGUAGAGUUGAGAAUAUGAAUAGAGAAUUAGUUGAGCGUGGUAUACUAAAUGAGACAAAUAAAGAGAAAGAAGAAAAGAAACUAAUGGAAGAUAUUGAUAGACUAAAUAAACAAGAAGAAAAAGAAGUGGACGAACAAAACACCCAAAAUGAAAAAAUUGAAGACAAAUCAUAA